CACCGUCGACGGUUCCUGGAUGAGCCGUGGCUCGACGUUGUCGCCGGCGUCCUGAUCCGUGGACCAGGUACGGUGGUUCCAGCUAGCGCCGGCAGUGCACGCAGUUAAUGCAGUGGUUGGGUGACUCGGUGGAUAAGGAAUUGAAGUUGGAUUUGUGUCUUACCACGGUGGGGGGAAAGGUGGAGACAUUGACUCCGUCGACGGCAAGUGGGCGGUCCGGCGAUCUGGCAGGGGUUCCGCCGACCAUGGAAUUCUUGCUGCAGCCAAUAAAUAGAACUCUGCUUGAGGAGGUCAAUGAAAAUAACGGGACAAUGGAGCCCGUGCGGUUCCCAGUGGCCGCGCCGGCGGAGAUUCCUGAUCCAGCCCCUGCCGGGUCAAGUGCGGACGGCCAGAUCUAUCGGCCGGAAGCAUCAGACGGGGACAAGGUUCAGGGGUCCGAGCACUCAAUAGAGCAGUUGGACCCCAAGACACCAGGAUGGACGCAAAGGGUGCGUGUAGGUGUUGUUGCUCCAGGAAGGCCUCCUUGUGCGAACAGGGUCGCGGCGCUGGAGAAGACCGUGAGGGAGUUUGCGGAGCAUCCAAGAGACAUAGUUAUGGUCCCAAAGAUUGGAACAAGUUUCGACACCCUCGGGGAAGCAUAUGACUUUUACAAUCUGUACUCCUGGGAGAAAGGAUUUGGUAUUCGUUACAGAAAGAGCAAGCUGAAUGUGAAUAGGACAAAGUGUAUGCAAGAGAUCGUGUGUGGAUGCGCAGUAAGAUGAAUGUUAGAACAGAUUUAUAUUACCAACAAUUAAUGCUAGAAGACCUACAUGGUGUAUAACUUAAAAAGAUAUACUUUGCAUUUCAUAGUACUGAAGUGUUUCUGAUUUCUAUGUAGUAGAAUUAAACUAGUUGACCAUGUAUGCGUAGCUGUUAUCUGAUAAACCAGUUACAUCCUAUUGAGCUGUCUUCUCUGAAUUAUCUGAAUAUGUACUGGUCAUGUUCAGCAUGUAUCUGGUUUGUUAGAGUGUAAGAUGGUCUGUGCUGCACAUUUUAAUUUGGUGUUUCUUGAAUAUGAAUUUGUGCAGACUGAAAAUAUUAGAUAUUUUCUGCUUAUGGCUGAAUACUAAAAUUGGGCUCUAUUAAUGAAUCGAUUUAUAUUGCCAGUAAAUAAAUUACAUAUUAGCUGAAGUGCACGUGACAGAAGCUGACUUGUUUGUUUGUCUGGUCAGGGCAAGCCAAUCGUUGAGAAUACUCGUUCGUGCCGGUGUGAAUGCUCAGCCGUCAUCAGACUCCUGAGGACAAAGGACAAUGGAUGGUACAUAGAAGAGCAUCGAGAUGGGCACAACCAUGCAUUGUCAUAAACAUAUGGCCAGACCAUACACUGGCUGUCGCACAAGCAUAUUGACGUUUACAGCCAGGAUCUAGUUAAGCAGUUGAGGCAGAACAAUGUCAAUUUGUCAAAAGUCUACAACAUUAUUGGAAGCUUUUACGGAAAGAUGGAGAAUGUGCCAUUCACUAAGAGAGCUCUGUGAAAUUUGUGUGGCAAGAUAAGCCGGGAGCAGUCAGAAGAUGAUGUUAGGAAAACAAUGGAAGUGUUUCAUGAUCUGUGCUCAAAGGAUCCGCAGUUCACGUAUCGAGUUCAGGCGGACAAAGAGGGCAGGAUCAGCAACUUGAUGUGGGCUACAGGUAACAGUAGGCUGCAGUACAACUUCUUUGGGGAUGUCACCACAUUUGACACAACCUAUAGGACCAACCUGUAUGACAUGCCAUUUGGGUUAUUUGUUGGAGUGAACAACCAUUUCCAGAGUAUCAUACUAGCUGGUGUGCUAGUUCGGCAUGAGACAGAGGAAACAUUUGAGUGGGUCUUCUCGGAGUUUGUUAGGAUAUUGGGGGGAAGGGCGCCACAAACAAUACUUACCGAUCAAAACAGUGCAAUGGAGGUUGCCAUAAGGAAUGUCAUGCCAAACAUGGCUCACCGGUGGUGCAAGUGGCAUGUGCUAAAGAAGGCAAAAGAGUCGCUUGGCCUAUUGUACUCAAAGAAUAGUGAUUUUCGACCAGAGUUUCACAAGGUUGUCAACCACAUGCUAACUGUAGAUGAGUUUGAAGAUGGCUGGAAGUACUUAAUAGAAAAAUACAACUUGAAAAGUCAUGACUACAUGACUAAUUUGUUUGAAAUACGGCACAAAUGGGCAAAGCCAUACUUCAAGGGUGUGUUCUGUGCAAAGAUGACUAGUACACAACAGAGUGAAAGUGCAAAUCACAUGCUAAAGAACUACGUGCCGCCUGGUUGCCCAAUGCAUGUAUUUGUGAGGAAGUAUAUGAGUUUAAUUUUUGACCGUGAGUCAGAAGAAAAUUAUGAGGAGAAGCGGACAGCAAUUGGGAGGCCACUUAUGCGAGCAAAUUUGGCAACUAAGAGACAUGCUGGGAAGAUUUACACCAAAGCUAUGCUUGAGCAGUUUGGCCAUAUACUGUACGAGUGUGGUGCAUAUAAGGUAGAAGAGAUUGAAAAAGGUAAAGAGUAUGUCGCAAUACAUACAGAUGCAGCACGGCGGGAGAAGUGGUGUAGAACCUCAUACAAGGUGACGGUUGUUGAAGGUGGAGAGGAAUUUGAUUGCGAGUGUGGACAGUUUGCCCACAUGGGGCUGCUGUGCAGCCAUAUACUGAAGGUACUCGACUUCAUUCGUGUGACAGAAAUCCCAAAGAAGCACAUUGUGAAAAGAUGGACACGAGGUGUGAGAGAUGUACUUCCGGCCCACCUGAUGCAGUACCAGAGAGACAAUGCUCACGAGAACCCAUUUAGUUUCAGGCAUUUCAAUAUGUAUAUGCAAGCCAUGGAGCUUGUGCGCAUGGGAGACUCAAGUGUGGCAGCUUACGAGCGCUUCACAUCACUAUUCAAUCACUGUGCAGCCGAGAUGAAGGCGUACACGGAGGUCCGAGAUGGCCUAGGUUUGGAGGACAGGUUAGUCGGUAAUGCUAGGGUUCAGCACGUGAUACAAUCAGGACGCGACGUAUGCGACGCAUUCGAAGCUACACAAGUCAACGACGGGAACGAUGACAGCAACACAGCUAAUGAGUCUGCAAAUAUGAUGGAGAACCUGCUGGCACCUGCCAAGCGGAAGCAAGUUGGCAGGCCGACAACGAGUAGGGAGAAGGCGCCAUACGAAGGUUUAAGUAAGAGAACAAGGUUCUGCGGUAUAUGCAGGCAGCAAGGACACAAGCGGACAACCUGCCCCGAAUGAGGGCAUGUACCAAAGCAGCCACGUAAGCCGGCAAGAUGCAAGAAUUGUGGAGUUGAAGGACACAGGAGGAACAAUUGCCAGAAGGUCGCACAACUAAGGCUGGUUUAAUGCUAAGAAUUUUUUUCAUUUCAUCCUACUGAAAUGUUUUUGAUAUUUUUGUGGUAGACUUAAACCAGUUGACCAUGUAUAUGUAGCUGUCAUAUGUUAAACCAGUUUCGUCCUAUUUAACUGUCUUCUCUGAAUUUUCUGAAUAUGUACUGGUCAUGUUGAUCAUGUCUAUGGUUGUUCGAGUGUAAGAUG